GCCCGCUCAUUGCAUUUCACCGUCCAUUGACCUGCACUUGACCGUUCUUGAUCCGUACCCUUUUUCUUUUCUACAUUUGUUUUUCUCCUCCGACUAAUCUUACCAAUUCCUAGUUUUACAAAAGGAUUGACUGUGUCUUGAGUGGUCAAACGUGGACAAGUUGUCUCAUCACCCCCUAAGAGUCCAAACUUCCACUGCUACAAAGACCGGUCACAGCAACGACCCACCAUUUCAGCCCAACUGUCUGCAACGACCCUUACGAACGAUAGCCACGCGACAAAACACCACGCUACCGCUCUAGGACGAUAAACACACCGUUGAAAACGAGCGGAUGCAGUCUUGAUCCAUAGCUUCACACAGCCCGCGCGCAAGCCGUCUGGCCAGCCGCACACCGCCGUUGUUGCUGAUUCUGGUUUCGCACAGCGGACGGCGCCAGUGACCCAGCUACAGUAGCUCGCGCAACCCUCGUCUGGAAGCUAAGGGCCACGCCAGGUAUAGGGCUACUUUUAUAAUCAGCCUGCCGUCCUCUGCUCUGUUCAGCUGGAUCUUGAUCCAACUUGUCAUUUCGCCCGGAAAGGGAGAAGCCAACACAAACAACACCAUAAGCCUAAUAACAACCAAACAUGGUUCUACGCAAGAAGGAGGUCUACACGACCAUCACGCCCAUCCCGGGCUUCAUCCCACGCCAGCUGGCCAUCGAUAUCCUCCACUCGCACUCCGAGGUCAUAACGUUAAACCCGCUCGUUCUUGACCACAAGGCGAUUCCUGCGCCCCGCGAUGCCGCCUCGGACGAGUUCUACAGCACAUGGUACGAGAUCACGGAGCGCAUCCAGUACAUACCAGGCAUCGGCAAGAUGGGCUCGGGAAAGAUCAACUUCAACGGUUGCUUCCACGACAUGCCCUGGGGCUUGCAGACGCACAUAUAUGCUCCGAUGAACGUCGACCUGCGAAACAAGUACCGCAUCGCCGGUAACCAGCCCGGCAUUGAACCUCCCGAGCCGCCCGAGAUCGGCAUGGCCGCGCUCGGAGUUCCUAGCGACGGCCUCUACCUGCGAGAGGACAUUGAGAUCAAAUGCAACAUGGCCGUGGUUGGCUUUGUGAAGGCUGAGCUGAAGAAGGCGAGCAAGGAGAUGGUCCAGCGCAUCAUCAAGAAGGCCGAGUUGCUGGACGCAGGAGUCCUCCAGGGAAUGAUUGAGGACGGGAAGCUCAAGACCAUCAACCCGGCCGACAGGUCCAACACCGUUAGGUCGGCCAACACUCACAGGACCAUUGGAACCUCGCCUUCGAUAAUGGCCGGCGUCGGUUCACCACAACCCAGCCCGACCAUGUCUCAACACAGCACACAUGCCAGCCCAGCCAUUCCUUACACGAUCCCUCGACCACAGUCCACCAUGUACGGCAGGCCGGGAACCGCAGGGUCGACCGGCGGAUAUGCGUCGCCUCCGCAAACCCAUCACCAUGAGCUCUGUUCCAGCCAGCAAGCUUCCGCUCCACAACACGAGGUCAUCAUGGAGCUCCCUGGUGACUUUUAUCACCCUCCCCAAAAGUCUCCACGUCUUCCGCCACCGGGACAGCAGCAGCAGCAGCAGCAAGGGUCUCCUCGCGGAUCGCUCUCCUCGUCUUCACCACCACCGUCUGCAGGCCUCAGCAGCGACAGACAUGUAUCCUCGGUUUCCUCGCAGGGGAGGUGGUCGGAGCAGCAAAACUCGGUGUCGCGGCCCCAUUCUUUCAUGAGCGACAUUGGUCCGGACCAAAAGGCCAGCUUUGCGUCGGACCUGAGCACGCACGACGAGACUGCCGAGGAACACCACCGCGACAAUACACUCAAGGCGCUGGACGGCUCACUAAAGACGCCGCCUCUUCCGUCUCAGCAACAACAGCAACCCCAAGCACCGAAAGGGUACACCUACAAUCCUGCCGAUUACGCCAAAGUGUCACCGCCGGUGCAGUCCACCCCCAAGUUUCCUGGGAAUGGAGGUUACAAUGCAUACAAUCAGCAACAGCAGCGGUAUGGGUAUUAGGUAGCUGUCUGUCGUGCUUAGAAUAGCGAAGCGACGCGUUUGAGUUUGAUUGCAUUGUCGAAUCUCGAUUGACAAUGGGGAUGACUAAUCUUUACAUCACAGUUGGGUGUGGGACAAAUUGAACCGACCCCUAUUAUCAUUUCCCGGAUUGACAUACCUUUGUUCCAUUUGUUUCUUAUUAUCUACACACAAAAAAGGUGCAGUUCCAGUAUCAAGGGAACUUUGCACAGGUUUGGACAGCGUUUUCUUUUUUUUGGGAAAUUUUGGAGAUACCUAUUUCGCGCAAUAUUUUAUUGAUCACGACCAUUCAGUCAAAGAUCGUCUUUUCUUUAUUGACCAACAUAAUUUAUCUCAUGAUACUCUAAAAACCUGCCGCUUACGUCACUCUCACCAUGCUACUUGCUCCGACAUCUUAAUCAGAGUCCUCGCCAACCUCGUCAGCCUUCUCCUCGCCACCCUGAGCAUUGGCAAACACCUUGCAGGCCUUCUCAAAAGCCGCGGCCCGGCGCGCCUCGAGAGCAUCGGCCUCAGCCUUCAUGUCUGCCGGGGCCUUGGACUGGAGGAGGUUCGAAAGCUCCUUGCUGACGGUGUCGGUCUUGCCAAUGUUGCGCUUGACCAUGCCUGUGUAGGUAGAAUACCUGGUCUCGUUGAAUCGACCCUGGGCGGCGAUGAGCUGCUUGAGCUGGUCCUCGGUCAAAUCGACAAUGUGCUGCAUCUUGCUCAGGAUGGCCCUGCUCUCCUCCGUGGUCGGAUCGGAGCCCUAUACGUUUUUUGCGAUCACCUGAGUCAGCAUCUUUCAAAGGAACACCAGGGGACCCCUGGCCAUGUGCUUUUGUUGGGGGGUUGAGUAAAUCACAAGAGAGCAUGACGUACAUCGUACUCAGCCAUGGACUUCUUGAUCUCGGAGCAGAUCGCGUUGCUCUUGCUCUGCAGCUUGAGAACAUCGCUGAGCUUCAUGUCGGAUCCCUUGGCGGCGAUCUUGUUGGCCUUGCCGAGCUUGCGCUCGAGGUUGCUGAUGUGCUUCAUGGACUGGGCGACAGACAUGUUGGCGGAUUUCUUUUGGGGGGUCUUGUUUGGGCUGGUUAUGGUGUGAUGUUGCUGUGGAUGGUUUUUUUGACCUGUGGUUUGUUUGAUAGCUGGAUGAUGCAGUAGAAGUCGGAAUCAACACAGCUUGACCAGUUCAGCGGAUGCUUUUAUAUACAAGUUCGAGU